CCCACCACCGACCGCUAUCUUUCGAAUCAACGAACCGGAAAGCUGAGAGAGACACAGUGGCAACCCGGACAGAAAAAAGCGUGGGGAUCCUGAGGGACGAGAGGGAGGACUGAGGGAAACUCUUGCCAGCCCAUACACACUUCGUCAAGAUGGUGCUCAAUAUUUCCGAGAGUGGUGUUUUGCUUGAUGGCUCGGCCAAAGCCGUGGCCGGGCUUCCCACCCAAGCAUUUGCCAUAAAUCUGAGUGGGAGUGUUAUUGAGGAUAUGAUUUCCUGCGUUCAAAAUGGCGGGGAUAUCCAAUUGGCGCUGGGAAGCAAUCCGAAAUUCCUAUUCGAUGAUCACGAGCUUCGGAUACCCAAGACAUCAGACCCGUCCGGCUACGAUAUUUUCCGAGCCAACUCCGAAGACCCCUCGAGCGCAAGCAGGUUCCCCGAACCGACCAUGUCGAUCCUAAAGACCCCCAAACAGCACAGGCUUGCGGCCAAGGCCAAGGCCUCGAGAGCGGCGAAGCCGGCAGGAAAGGGAGAAACGGCAAAGAAGGCACCUAGCCGCCCCUCUGCGAAAUCUUCGAAUGCCACGCCCAAUACCGCAGCCCGGCCUGCUUCUUCGUCGGCCAAGGACCCUAGCACGCAAAAAGGAUCGGAAGACGCUGCGGCGAAGCUCAAGCGCUCGUUUGACAACCUGGCGGCAGACAAGCGCGGGAACUCUGCUGUUAUUGUCGGCGGUCUACCCAAUUCCAAAGGGGGAAAGUUCGGUCGAUUGCUCGAGACGCACGCUGGUCCUUCACCUCGGUCAUUACCCCCUAGCCCAGCUUUGAGCGGCAUCGGCUCUCCCUCGCUUUUGCCGUCCGGCGGCAGCUCGACACAGGACAAAGCGAAACAGCAGCGAUUUCCUCUCAUGCACGAGCUGGCGGUCCAGGAUUUGUCCCGCCAGGAACUCCUGGAGAGAUGGGACGAGGGAACGGAGGAAGAGUUCAACACGGUGCUCGAUAAGGUGGCGUCCUUUGACAAGGACAUCCAGAAGUGGGUUUUGAGGAAGAAUUGCUGGAAGGACUUGGAUGUUUUCGAAUACGACUAUUCGGACGACGAUCGCCGCGAAACCGCCAUCACCAAUGCCAUCAAGUGGUUCGACCGCAAUCGACUCAGCGCAUCAGACCCCCUUUGGCAGAAACUUCUUCCCAAGGCGGAGCGUGGAAAGGGGAAAUGCCUGAGCAACCUGCAAGUGACGCUUGCCAAGGGCCCGGUUGCGUCGAAACAGCGAACCGAUGCGGCGAGCGCCAGCGGGGGCGACUCGGACCGAGACGACUCCGCAGCUUCGACCACCAAGAAGGGUAAAGGGGGUGAACCCAUGUCGAGGUCCAACUCCCAAACGUCGACGGGGAAGAAGAAGCUGUCUGCAUCAGAAGCACAAGCGAAGCGGUUGCUGUCGACGACUAAGAAAAAGCCCCUGCCAGCGCCGACAACAAAGGCCGCGCCAAAAACCUCGGCCCCAAAGCCGGCUCCGAAAGCGGCGCCCACCAAGGGUGGGCGGGUCCUAUCCAAGGAGUUUGUGUCGGAUUCGAGCUCGAGCGACGACGAGGUGCCGCUCUCGUCGUCCAAGGGGAAGCCCAAAGCCGGGGGGGCUCCAGUCCCGAAACCGGCACCACGGGCGGUCCAGAAGCCAAAGGCGGCGGCGAAGAGCAAGGAGGCGGUCGCCUCGAGGCCAAAACCCGCAGCGCCCACGAAGGUCUCACCGCGGGAGCAGAGCAAUGAGAGGGAGAAGGAUACGAUCCGAGCCCAGGUCAUCGCCAAGCCGAUCAGGCCCACCGCGACGAAGCGCUCGCGGGACGCCGACGAUGACGACAGCUCAAGUUCCGGCACACCUCUCAUGAAGCGGGUGAAACCCCCGACCAAGCCACUGCCCGCUCCGGCCGCUUCGACGAAGGCACGCACUGCUUCCGACUCAAGCCAGAGCAGCCGCGGGGCCGGCGCCGGGGCACAGCCGCCCAAAGCCAAGAACAACUCGCCCGUCAAGUCCUCACCCCUCGCCUCCUCGCCGCCGACGAACGCCACGGACGUCGAGCAAGACCGCGCCGCCCUUGGCCGUGCGCGGGAGCGGGAGCGCGAACGGGAACGAGAACGAGAACGGGAGCGAGAACGGCGGCGGGAGACGGCCGUGCGGAGCUCCAGCAGCAACACGGACAGCAGUUCCGGCAUCAGCGUCGGCGCGGCCAAGAAGCGGCCCCCCACGGACUCGCUGCAGGCGAGCAGGGCGAAGCGGCAGCGGCCCUCGCAGGAGACGGUCGAGCUGGCGGCCAAGUUCAGGCAGUUCUACUCGCGCUACGAGCAGCUCCACCAGGACAUCGCCAACCACGACAACCCCGACCCGGACAAGCUCACCGACCUGCUGGAUAUGCACAAGCGGCUGAGCAGGAUGAAGUCGGAGAUCUACGCUGCCGUCGAGGUCUGACUUGGGGGGAGGGGGCCGGUUUCUAAAGAAGACAGUGGCGGUUUCGGUUGGGUUUCUUUUUUUCGGCAUGCUCAUCACGGUUCCGGUC